AUGACCCAGACUUUCAAGGACCCCAAGGAUGCCCAGGCUUUCCUCUCCACCUACAAACAGAAGGACGGUCUCGAUGUCCACUCUCUGAUGGACUCCUCUGUGCGAGGAGGUCUCACUUACAACGAUUUCCUCAUGCUGCCCGGCAAGAUUGAUUUCCCCUCUCACGAGGUGUCGUUGGAGACCAAGCUGACCAAGAAGAUCACCCUCAAGGCUCCCCUUGUGUCUUCUCCCAUGGACACCGUCACCGAGUCCGAGAUGGCCAUCCACAUGGCUCUGCUGGGUGGUAUUGGUAUCAUCCACCACAACUGCUCUGCCGACGAGCAAGCCGAGAUGGUCCGAAAGGUCAAGAAGUACGAGAACGGUUUCAUUGCCGACCCCGUUGUUGUCUCCCCCAAGCACACCGUCAAGGAGGUGUUUGCUCUCAAGGCCAAGCUUGGCUUCGCUGGCUUCCCCGUCACUGAAACCGGAUGCAUGUCUGGAAAGCUCGUGGGUAUCAUCACCUCUCGAGACAUUCAGUUCCUCGACCUCGACGACACCCCCGUCGGUGAGGUCAUGACCCCCGGUUCGGAGCUCGUUACCGCCCCCAAGACCAUCGGUCUGUCUGCCGCCAACGACCUGCUCAAGAAGUCCAAGAAGGGUAAGCUGCCCAUUGUCGACAAGGAGGGCAACCUCGUUGCUCUUCUGUCUCUGACCGAUCUGCAGAAGAACCACGACUACCCCAACUCCUCCAAGUCUCCUGAGACCAAGCAGCUGCUCUGUGGCGCCGCCAUUGGUACCCGGCCUGACGACCGAGAGCGACUCGAGAAGCUUGUUGCCGCUGGCCUCGACGUUGUCAUCCUCGACUCGUCUCAGGGUAACUCCAUCUUCCAGAUCGAGAUGAUCCAGUGGAUCAAGAAGACCUUCCCCGACCUGCAGGUUGUUGCUGGUAACGUUGUUACCCGAGAGCAGGCUGCCUCUCUCAUCGAGGCUGGUGCUGAUGGUCUCCGAAUCGGAAUGGGCUCCGGCUCCAUCUGUAUCACCCAGGAGGUUAUGGCUGUCGGCCGACCUCAGGGUACCGCUGUCUACUCGGUGACCCAGUUCGCCAACCAGUUUGGCGUCCCCUGCAUUGCCGACGGUGGUGUCCAGAACAUUGGCCACAUCACCAAGGCCGUUGCUCUUGGUGCCUCUGUCGUCAUGAUGGGUGGUCUGCUUGCUGGUACUCUCGAGUCUCCCGGCCAGUACUUUUACCGAGACGGCCAGCGACUCAAGUCCUACCGAGGCAUGGGCUCCAUUGAGGCCAUGGAGAAGCAGGAUAACAACGACAACGCCGCCACCUCCCGAUACUUCUCCGAGUCCGACUCCGUGCUCGUUGCCCAGGGUGUGUCUGGUUCCGUCAUUGACCGUGGUUCCAUCACCAAGUUCAUUCCCUACCUGACUGCUGGUCUCCAGCACGGUCUGCAGGACAUUGGUGUCCGAUCUGUUGCCGAGCUCCGAGAGAAGGUUGACAAUGGAGACGUUCGAUUCGAGUACCGAACCGCUUCUGCCCAGCUCGAGGGUGGUGUCCACUCCCUGCACUCUUACGAGAAGCGACUCCACAACUAA